AGUGUGCAGGGUUGAUUAAAAGGGACAUUGACCACAAGAGGAUUUGGAAGGAAGGAAGGAAAAUAGGAGGCAAAGAAAGAAAGAAAAAGAGGGAGAGAAGCAGGAGGUGGUGGCUGGAGGCAGAAAAAGCAGGAGAUGAGAAAAGAAAUAGGAGCCCGGGCCGUGAAAAGCUGCACAUGGGACCGGUAUAGAUAGAGCAGUAACAGCCCCAGGGGUCAUCCUCGGGUCUAGUUAAAUCGCUCUAUCUACCUUUAAUGCAUUUGCUUGUGCUUUGCAAAAAAAAAAAAAAAAGCGCUUCUGCACAUGUAAUUGCAGGAAGUAAAGGGCGAUGCUAAUGUAUCUAAACUAAGGGAGUCCCCGGCAACCCUUCAGAGAAAGCAGCUCUCCCAAGACGAGAGCAGCACUUCGGCUUGCAACGCGCACAGCGACUCGGAGAGACCCUCACCCGGAGGCUAAGCCAGAAAAAGCGAGCAACGGACCGAGUUCGGACCGACGGCUCCGCGCGCCCCUCCCCCGGCUCCAUCCCGCCGCUCGCCGUGGCUCUUCGGAUAGGGGCGCUUUGCGGAGCUGCCCCUCCAGCCUGGCCUGCCCGAGUCCUUCCUCAUGCUAGAUACGCUUCGCUCGCCGGUAGCCUCUCUCGCAUCGGACAUGGCAAUCUGCAAGACUGUGGCGUGGCUCAACGAGCAGCUAGAGCUGGGCAACGAGCGGCUGCUGCUGAUGGACUGUCGCCCGCAGGAGCUCUACGAGUCCUCGCACAUCGAGUCGGCCAUCAACGUGGCCCUGCCGGGGAUUAUGCUGCGCCGGCUGCAGAAGGGCAACCUGCCUCUGCGCGCCCUCUUCGCCCGGGGCGAGGAGGAGCGCGAAAAGUUCGCCCGCCGCUGCGGAACCGACACCGUGGUCCUCUAUGACGAGAGCAGCAGUGACUGGAACGAGAACACGGUGGGCGACUCUGUGCUGGGGCUGCUCCUCAAGCGCCUGAAAGACGACGGCUGUAAGGCCUUCUACCUGGAAGGGGGUUUCUGCAGAUUUCAGGCAGAGUAUGCCUUGCAUUGCGAAACUAAUCUAGACAGUUCUUGUAGCAGCAAUUCUCCGCCUUUGCCAGUCUUAGGGCUGGGCGGUCUCCGAAUCAGCUCUGACUCAUCUUCAGAUGUGGAAUCCGAUAUUGACCGAGAUCCUAACAGUGCCACCGACUCUGAUGGCAGCCCUUUGUCUAACAACCAGCCUUCCUUCCCUGUGGAAAUCUUGCCAUACCUCUACUUGGGCUGCGCCAAGGACUCUACUAACCUGGAUGUUCUUGAAGAGUUUGGCAUUAAGUACAUAUUGAAUGUCACCCCCAACCUGCCCAACCUCUUCGAAAAUGCUGGCGAGUUUAAGUACAAGCAGAUCCCUAUCUCUGAUCAUUGGAGCCAAAAUCUAUCCCAGUUCUUUCCUGAAGCAAUCUCUUUUAUAGAUGAAGCUCGUGGGAAAAAUUGUGGGGUGCUUGUUCACUGCCUGGCAGGGAUCAGUCGCUCGGUUACCGUCACAGUUGCAUAUCUUAUGCAAAAACUCAACUUAUCCAUGAAUGAUGCUUAUGAUAUAGUCAAAAUGAAGAAAUCUAACAUCUCCCCCAACUUUAAUUUCAUGGGACAGUUGCUCGACUUUGAAAGGACUCUGGGGCUGAAUAGCCCCUGUGAUAAUCGCAUACCCACCCAGCAACUAUAUUUUACCACUCCUUCCAAUCAAAACGUCUUCCAGGUGGACUCUUUGCAAUCUACGUGAGGCCCAACUGAUCACCAAUUCUUCCAACACUGGGUAUUGUGAGCAUUCCACAAUGCUUCUCUCUUGACAGCUAAAGAGAACUGCAAUUCUUUUGUGGGCCCUGGGUUUGGGCAGUAGCUGUCUCUGAUUCAACACAAUAAAGGUUACAAUAUUUGGAAUCUGCUGUUGGAAAAUGAGGGAUUUUGCUGGGUUUUCCCAGCAGGAAAAAAGACAGAUACCGCUUCAAGUGGGACAAUACAUUGUGCUCCAUGCACAAAAGACACUUAAGCAGUGACUUAAAAUAUAGGGUUGCCAAACAAAGAUGGGCAAGAAUGAACACUAUAAGUACACAUCCAUGUGUGUGAGACACUGGGAGAAAUGUAUUAUGUGCAUUUAUAAUAUAUUUUGUCUUCAGUGAAGACUUGAUUUUUUAUUAUUAUUAAUACUGAUUUAGGGAAGCCAAAGAGCGAUUUCAAUUUAAUGUAUUUUGUAAUAUCUGUUUGCAAAGACCUUUGAUAUACUCAGCUUGAUCAAUGUAAAUGUUUUCAAUCUCAGAUGACUGAAAUGAAAGUUGCAAGAGGAAUGCUUGAAAUGUAUUCUCUACAUUCUCCAGUGAUAAGUUCUUUUGGAGCACAAAUGACACAUCAUCUGCAGCAUGCUUAAUUUUAUUGUAGAAUUAGGCAAACUUUCUUGGGUUAUAAAUGAAUGUUGACCCCUUUGGGUUUGUUUAUUCAAUUUUGUGAAUGAAUAGUCUGUUUUACAGUUACAUGAUUUUUAUUUUGGAGUGUGUGUGUGUGUGAUGAAACUGGUCUCAUGAUUUUUGGGAGUAGGAGUCUUACCUUUAUAAAUAAUCCCUGUUGCAUACUUUAAAAAUGGAAAAUCAUUUCUUAAAAUGGAAGGAUAUAUAUAUGAUAAAUGCUAAACAGUGCAUUACCUGUGUACAAACACUUCAGGGAGCUUCACCUCAAAUGCAAUAUCUCGCAUUUAUUUUUGUAGAAAACUGGAAGGGUGUGUGAAUAUUGUGUACCUGUGUAAAUGCAAGAAGAUCCUGCACAUAAUUGUCAGUAAGAGAAAGUCUCAAAUUUGCUAGUAUGAAGU